GAUUGGUUGGGUGGGCGGGAAUGCAGGCGGUAAGGAAGUGUUGUCCACGGUUACCAGUAUACAGCUGUCGGGUCACGCUGGACUCCUCGGUGUCCGUCCGGGAUUAGCAUUUAGCACACAGGUCUGGCCUAGGGGGCACCUCCAGGAGCAGCUAUGGCUCAUCGCUUGACUAAAGAGGAGCUGGAGGAGCAGUUUGAACAGUUUCUGAAAGAGUCUCUUUCAGAUGAUUCGUUUAACAGUAAUAAAAAGUCAAUGCCCAUCGUGAAAAGAACCAAGAAAAAAGAUACACCUCCAUGGUGGGCUGAUGAUGAUCAUUCUGAUGAUGGAGACCUGGUCAUGACAAGUCGCAGCUUCCUAAAAUCUCAAAGCACUUCUCAGCCUAUUGAAGAAGUAGAAGAAGAGAAUCCUAUGGAAGAAAUGCAGCUAUCUACACAAGAUCCGUUGAUUACAUCCAUAGAGAAGGACAGCUUGGAUAUUGAUGAAUCUGUUAUGGCCUAUGGGCCUAAUCAAAGUACUUAUGGAGUUGGCUUGGACACUUUAGAAGAGCAAGAAGAAAAGGAGAGAUUUUUUGCUAAGCUUGAGACUGGAGCUUCAUCUACUAUUGAUUAUUCCAGAUUAAAUAAGGAGCUGGACUCUACAGAUUCAACAAAGCUUACAGCCUUAAUAUGUAACAAUGAAACUCCCAAGAUCGAGGAUGAGGGUAAUAAAGAACUGUCAGGAAAUUACAGCGAGGACUUUGAAGAUGACCCUGAAUCUCUCAGCCACCUUGUCAGAAAUUCACAGGAAGAAAAUGGUGGUCUGGAAAACAAAAACAAAGUGAAUAAUCUGGAAGAAGAAAAGCAUGAAAUGCUUGCCAAAGUCCUGUUGCUUGACUCAAUGGAUUCCACAAUUGAUACUCAAAAGCUUUUACAGCGAACGCCAGAAGACCCUGAAUCAGUCACACCACAAGGGAACAGUGAGGCCAUGGGCACAGGUAUGUCAAACCAAUACACAAAUAGUGAAAUGGAAGCUUUACAACAAGCAUACCAAAACGUAAACCAUUUAGCAGAAGACACAGAUGAGCAGAAGAAUUCUCUUAAAGUCACCGACCAUACAAGUACAUAUUUUGUAGAUACAGCAGAUUCAACAGGAAAGAGCCUGAAAAAGAUACUCACAGGAGAAUCAGAUAUGUCUACUGUGGAUGAACUAAUGCAGCAUUUUAGAGGAGAACGGGGCUUUGAUGCAAAGCCUUUAAGUGAGAACAAAGAGCAUGGAUCAAUGGAAAAAAUUCCCAAGGGCAUAUUGAAAGAGAAGAAAUCCAUAGAUUUGGAGUGGUUCAGUGGAAAAGCAGAGAAUUUUACAGUGCCUAAAUCUGAACUACAACAUGAUCGUAAUAAGACACUGAUUCAGGAUAAUCACAGUCAAUAUCAGCUUGUGGCCUCCAAAGAACCAAGUCGAUCUCAACUCUUUGCUAAUCACCAAGGAGAAGGAAGCGGUAAUGUUGUAAAGUAUGGAAAACAUUCUAUUACAAGUAAAGCAACUUCAGGUCAGCUUCAAAGCAAGCACUCAAGCAAGAUAGUCAAUAAUCCAUCGCCUGUUUUGAAGAAAGAACACAACGCCCCGUAUGGUUAUGUGAAGAGCUCUGGUUAUGGAAAGACAAACACUCCAACAAAAUCAUUCACUGCUGCUGACCCUCUUCAGUCAAACUCAUUCCUUUGGCAGAAAAAAGAAACAUCUCCUACUGUAAAGAAGCAGCAAAAAGGCAUAUUAUCUGCUACAAGAACAAUAAGGUUUGCAGAAGACAUUAGUUUUCCAGAAGACACAAGGAUUAGUGGGCCUAUUGGUUCUCAUGAAAAUACCUCCGAAAACAGGUCUACCACCCAUGAUCCAAAUUCUAUUGAAAGAGACCUGACUGUGCUUCAGAGGCUUCAGAAUGUAGAAGAUAAAUUAAAUGCUGAGCAUGGACACACUGCAACCUCCCAGGAAGAUUUUUCACAAAAGAAAGAAGGAUUUAAAUUAGAAAUACAAAGCAUGAAGACAAAGUAUGAUGAGGAAAUCAAACAGCUGAAGCAGGAAAAUUAUAUGCUUGAAGCAAAGUUUCAUGCUGAAGCAGAGAAAAUGAGGAGGAGGAGUCACCUGGUGGGUGAUAAAAAUGACCCUGCAACAGAGGAGAAACUGCAAAUAAUAAAACAGGAAAUAGAGGAACAGGAAACACUUCUAAAAGGAUAUCAGCAGGAAAAUGAAAGGCUUUAUCAACAAGUUAAAGAACUCCAACUUAAAAACAAAGAAAACGAGGAGCAUAUGUUUAAGGAAAACCAGGCACUCAAAGCAGAUCUAAUUUCCUUAAGAGAAAAGAUAAAUAGCACCACAAGAAGUAAUCAGUAUGCGUCACCUGGGAAUGAAUCCAGUAACCAGAGCUUUACAGAGCUAAUUGCUGAGUUGCGCAACCUUCAGAAAAAGGAGGCAAACUUGCUUGAUGAUAUAGCCAGGUGCAAACAGGAGAAACAGGCUUUGGAAGUAGAUUUGAUGCAGUUGAAGAAAGAACGUGAUCUUCUUAAAACCCGCGUCUCCAGCACCUCAGAUGAGAAAUCUUAUGAAAUGAAGAUUAUGGAGGAGAGCUAUAAGCAGGAAAUAAGCCGACUGAAUAAAAGACUCCAGUGGUUUGCAGAGAACCAAGAGAUUUUAGAUAAAGAUGCUGCAAGGCUUAGAGAUGCUUAUGAACAGAUAGAAAAGCUAAAGAUACAGGUUGAGAAGCUAUCGCAGAAUGCUGGAAAUCAGUCUGUGCAGCAACAGCAACGACUAAAGGACAGAUCUGCUGAUGCAAAACGGAUUCAAGAUCUCGAGCGCCAAGUUAAAGAGAUGGAAGCAAUUAUAAAAAGAAGACACCCUAACUCUAUACCAGCAAUCAUGUAUGCAGCAGCUGCGGUUUCUGAGACCGAUCCCUCGACCAAAAGUAGCACUGUCUCCUUCUUAGAAAGACGAAUACAAAAAUUAGAAUGUGAUCUUGAAAGCAAGGAUGAAGAAGCAAAAAAGAGUCUACGUAGCAUGGAGCAGCAAUUUCAGAAAGUUAAGAUUCAAUAUGAAAGUCGAAUCAAUGAGCUUGAAGAAUUACUUACUCAGAAAGCUCUAAAUGGGCCACAAAAUAAUCUAGAUAGCACAAUAAAAGUAAAAGCACUUGAGCAAGAGCUUUCAAUACUCAGGGAUGCUCACCACAUUACAGUAAUGAAUCUGCAAAGAGAAAUUGAGACGCUCAAGGAGAAGAAUUCCUCUUCGGAGCACAAAACAAAUGCUAAUUUUGAUGAAAUGACUGAGCAAAGCAGACUGACAAGACUUAACCAGGAACUUAUGGCCAAACAUAAAGAGAUUCAAGAGCUUUCAAAAACAGUGGAGAGACUUCAGAAGGAAAGGAUGCUCAUGCUCUCCAGCAAACCUCAUUUAAGCAGUGUUGGUGCUAGAGGCAAAUACUUGGGAGCCUUCAAAGCAGAUGCAAUGCCUCCCUCUAAAGGAAGUACCCUAGGUACAGAAACUUUUCCUGCAAUGCAAGAUGAGAAGCUGUAUCAGCCAGACACAUUUGCUGAUUUUCAUAUAUGUGAUCUGCAACAAGAAAAUGAAAGAUUACAAGCUGAAGUUUACAAAUUGUCUCAGGAGAUCAACCAGCAAAAGAUCAAGUACGAAGCUACUCUGGCACAAGGAGAAGAUGCCAUGAAAAGAUUAAAAGAGGAAAGUGCUGAACAAAUUGCAGCACUUAGGAAUUUACAUCAGAUUGAUAAGGAAAAGUUAAUCUGUCAGCAUGCCUUGGAACAUUCGUCAUCUAGAGUUGCUGAGCUAAGUAGCAAAGUCUCUACACAAGAGAUUCUGAUAAAGCAUCUUCAAAAACAAGUUAGUGAGCUGUUAAAGGAUAGAGAAUCUUUGACUGUUCUUCGUAUUCGUGAGGAAACACUGCAAAAUGAGGUCACAAAACUUCUGGAUGAGCUUAAAACCGCAAGAGAAUGUCAUAGUCCAGAAAUGAGGCACUAUUUAACGCUUGAAAGCAAGAUUAAGUACAUGGAAAUGAGGCAUUCACAUAGAGAGCAGGAGCUCCAGCAGGUAAUACAGCAAACCAGGCAUGCUGCAGAAAAUGUAGAAACCAGAGAAACCGACAAGUGGAAGAAGCUUGUGCAUCAGAAGAAUAUGGAGCUUGAGACGUUCAGAUCAGAAUUGGAUGCAAUAUUGGAUGUUCUCCGUGUGUUACAGAGGCAGGGGGUUGUUAUCCCCACAACUGUAUCUGAAGGCUCUUAGGUGUAUUGGGGAACAUAAAUACUUGAAGCAUUACACAUACACAGUGAAGUAACUAGCCACAGAGAUUAAAUACAUCUUCUACAUAGGUUGAACCUUU